AUGAAGACUGGAAAGGAAAUUUCAGAAAAAGACCUGUAUUUCUCCUCAUCGAUCGACCUCGGCGAUCUCGUGUCUAGUCUUGCCGAGGGAGGGAAGCAAAUCACGCCUGAGCCCCACCCAAUCCCAAUUAGGAAGGCCAUCACGCUCCAAGCCAGCGUCUGCAAGCACCACUACCCAGUCUCCCCACAGAGCCGCGCUCACCGAGACUAUGUUUGCGGAGAAUACACCGCGCCGCUGUGCCCGCACUGCGACAUCGCGGCCCCGUCUACGUCGUCAUCAUCAUCCUCCUCCUCCUUAGAAGAGCAGGAGACGGAAGGAGCGAAGGGGCAGACCACCACCACCACCAUAACCGCAACCGACUGCGGCCAUCCCAUCACCGUGCGCCACCGCACAGCCGCCAUCAUCGCCGCCAACCCUCUGAUUUUCUCCCCUAGCCCUGACGACGAAGACGACGGCGACAGUGACAAGGAAGAGCGCAGCCACAACGAUGAUGUCUGGCCCGGCUACACCCGCUGCUCCUCGCCCCACUCGCUCACCCUGCCGCCCCACGAACGCAAGCCCGUCCGCGUCAACCUGAACGUGCGGCGCUGCGUCGCGUGCGUGAAGCGCGAGCAGGCGAGCGCACUCAGGUUGGUGACGCGCGCGAGGGCGGAGCUGAGGAAGCUCGACGACGCGAACGCCGAUGAUGAUGAUACGCUGCUCGGGGCCCGAGCAGCAGCAGCAGCCGGGUCGGAGGACGUGGCCGGGGAUCGCGAGUUAGAGGAGCUUUGGGCGGGCAGGGUGUGCCACUGGCGGAGGAAGUGCGUGCAGUUGAGGCUCGGGUUGGAGGUGUUGGAGCAGGAGAGGGAAAGGGCGGAGGGGGAGGGGGAGGGGGAGGAGAGGGGGGAGGGCGGCGUGGAUGGACGGCAGCUAAGGGUGAAUGGCGAUGCGAGCACGAAGAAGAGGAGGGAGAGCACUGGGAGCUUGAGGAAUUUGAAGAGUCUAUCGACGAGGUCGGCGAGGUCGGUGAGCUGGCGGGGGGCUAGGGGUGAAAGGUGGCGGGACAGUGCGUUGAAGCCGGCUUUGAAGAAGUCGACAAAAGCGGAUGUCGAUGCUGAGGAUGUGGUGAAGAAGGGGCUUGGUGUGCACUUCGAUUCGAAAUCAGGGGCCUUUGGCAACGAAUUCCGCUCUCCUGCGAGGUUUGAGAGAAAGAGCACGUAUUAUCGCCCAGGAAAAUGGGCAAGGGAUGGCCUGUUACUGGAUACGAGUGGCUUUAGCCUAACGACGGAGAAGGAAAUUAAGGAGUGGCAUAUUCCGCCAAAUGGAUUUACCGUUUCUCCAGAUAACGAUGAAAAGGUUGAGAAGACAUGGGAAAUGGCCAAGCGCAUCGUAGAAAAAAGUCAGGCGUUGGGGUGGCUUUGA